GGAAAAUCGAUGGUUAUAUAUAAAUGAAAGGACUAUUAGUAAUCCUACUAGUUUGUGCUGUGCUUGCUUGCGAUAAUUUCAAUGGCGAGAUGAGCUGCCAAAGUGGUGACCAGACCUCCUACCCAGAGAGCUGGGCUCACAGAAGUUUCCAGACUCCUCUUAAAGGUGACAAGAACUAUCAAGAUAGCUUCGAAAGUUUGGGAAGAAUAGCUUGCUAUCCAGAUGUCGUCUAUGACUCAAAUAGGAAAAGUGCUAAAGUAGAGGUUAAAUGCAGAAAACAAGAAACAGUAGGAGACUUGGUAUAUAGUUUUGAUGGACAGAGCUAUCAAUCCGAUGAAGUCUUUACUGCAGAUACCUCCUUCACUACGCCUCUAGUUAUCAAAGUCUCAGAUGGCGGUGAUCAUGAUAUCACUCUUGAGGACGUCGAUUUUAUGUGGAAUGCUCCAGAAGUCACUCAAGAUUCGGUUUAUGAAAAUGGGCAAAAAGGAGCCAUUGUUGAACUUUUCGGAUGGCCUUAUGAAGACAUCGAGCAAGAGUGUGUACACCUAGCCAAAGCUGGAUGGAUGGGAGUCAAGGUCUUUCCUCCCUCAGAACAAGUAAUGUCUGACGAGUGGCCUCAAGAAGGAGAACUUAACCCUUGGUGGUUUGCUUACCAAGUAGUAAGUUAUAAACUUGAAGGAAGAUCCGGAACUAGAACCCAACUCAGAAGCAUGAUUAACACUUGCAGAGAACAUGGUGUCAGAGUUUACGCUGAUGCUGUUAUUAAUCACAUGACUGGAGGAGGUAAUGAUAGAUGGGCUAGACAUAUCUCAGGAAACUGUGCUACUUGGGGUCCAAAGGAUUCUUCAGGAGGAUCUCCUUACUACACCCAUGAUUUCCAGGAUGAAGACAGCAAGGCUACCAAUGAUAGACCAGGACUCGAGUACCCAAGUGUUCCUUAUGACCCAACUGAUUUCCAUUGUGAGAGAUCUCUCAACAGCUGGACUGAUCCCUUCAUUCUUAAUCAUGGUUGGUUAGUUGGACUUUCCGAUUUGAAUACCGAAAAAGACUACGUUAGGGAAAGAAUUGCAUCAUAUUUGGCCGACCUUAUCGGUAUCGGUUUCAGUGGAUUUAGAAUUGAUGCUGCAAAGCAUAUCUACCCCGAGUCCCUUGCAGCCAUCUUCAAGAAGUUCAAGACCAAGCUCGGUGGUGGAGAACUUCCAGAGGAUUUUAUUUCCUAUCUCGAAGUUAUUAUUGGAGGAGAAGCUUCUCUACUGAUGUGUCAAGAAGGGGAAUACAACUUUGGAAGAAGCUUCGAAGAAUACAUGAAGACAGCAGGUCUCUCUGAAGAAGAUAUUUCUAAAAUAAAGAUCUGGUCAUCAGACUAUCCAAAGGAGUUCCCGAUCUGCGGUGACUGGGUUGUCCCAGCUGAAAGGUUGGCAGUUCAGAACGAGUGCCAUGACGAUCAAAAUCCAGGAUCUUCAUCAAGAGAUAUGGGAGAUAAAGGAAGUGUACUAAUCAAAGAUAAGGAUAUCAACCUCCACAGGCAAUUUGAGGUACAACUCUUUACAAGGACUGAUGCCAACUGGAAGAUCAAACUUGUCCUUUCCUCCUAUACAUUCAUGAAUAAUGGUGCUGCUGGGUUCCCAGAUGGUCUAUCAGAUUGCGAUAGAUGCAAAGGAGACCAAUGCGACAGUUGUUCAAAAUCUAUGAAAUUCUCGAAAGCCUAUGACGCUGAUGCUUGUGGUUACACUUGCGAAGUCGAUGGCCAAUGGCAAGAAGGAGUGUUUACCAGAGUCCACAGAGAUGCUGAUAUCAUCAAUGCUAUGAGACAAUGGCAAGGACUUUCCCAGGCAAACUCAAUGUCUGAGAUUGGCUUACCAGGAAAUUGCCACUCAAGCGCCGAACAUUUCUUGAAAUAAUUGAACUAAUAGAAAAAUCCAUGAAUCGAUCAACUUUCAA